AAUCGAUUUUAUCGUUUUAUUGAAUGACCAGAAAUCAAGUCAGAACUCAGAACUUAAACACCACGUGCCAUCUAUCUUGGCCGUCUUCACCCAGCUGGCCACCCCCCGGCGCACUUCUUUCUCAAAAUACACCCACGGCGCACGAGAACCUUCCCUCCCGCCCUGGACUCCUCCUCCUGCUCUCUCCCUCCCAUGAACCAGUCCUCCUCACUGUACCACCCUCCUCGAAAAAACCCUAAUGUCUCUCUCUCAGCCCUAAUUCAAAUCCUUUACUGAAAUUCAUUCAACCUCGAGCAAAUUUACAAUUUUCACUGAAUUUGUUUAAAUUUUAAGGGAAGAUGAUGGGUUCCGAGAAUCAAAGCUUCGAAGAAGCUCAUCUCUAUGCGUCCAAGGAAGAUAUGGAAAAUCUUGUCCUUGGCGACUCCUUGAACGGCAAUAAAUCGUACUCAAAUUAUCGUAGUGCCUUGUCGUCGCUUUCCGAUACCCACCAUCCCCUCUCCAUUCCGGUGGCUGUGACGCCAGCCGAUUCCGAUCCCCUGCUUGCGCCUCCAUCGUACCGAGAUUUCCAGCACCCUGGUCCUGCCGUCGCUCCCGCCGGCCAGGACAACUCCUACCUCGACCCUCCGUCUUAUGCCGAUGUGAUUUUCAGCCCCUUUGAUGGCGACAGUUUCAACGACGUUAACGGCGUCGAUAGCCCCAGCAGGAGAUCAGAUAAUUCGGGGUCUUUUUCGAGAUCGUCGUCUUCUAACUCCGAAUACAUUAAGAUAACGGUUUCGAAUCCCCUGAAAGAGCAGGAGACAUCUAAUUCGCUCGUCCCCGGAGGCAACACAUACGUUACUUACCUGAUCAGUACAAGAACGAACCUACCGGACUUCGGUGGGUCCGAAUUCAGCGUCCGGAGAAGGUUUCGGGAUGUCGUGACGUUGUCAGACCGGCUGGCUGAAUCGUACCGAGGGUUCUUUGUGCCGCCGAGGCCGGAUAAGAGUGUGGUGGAGAGCCAGGUGAUGCAGAAGCAAGAGUUUGUGGAGCAGAGGAGGGUGGCAUUGGAGAAAUACUUGAGGAGGUUGGCUGAACACCCUGUGAUUAAGAAGAGCGAUGAAUUGAAGGUCUUCUUGCAGGUUCAGGGGAAGCUUCCGCUGCCGACGACAACCGACGUUGCAUCGAGGAUGCUUGAUGGGGCUGUGAAGCUUCCAAAGCAGUUGUUCACCGAGAGUGCUGUGGCGCCCCACGAGGUCGUGCAGCCUGCAAAAGGUGGAAGGGAUUUGUUGAGGUUGUUCAAGGAGCUAAAGCAGUCGAUGGCCAAUGAUUGGGGAGCUUCAAAGCCACCCCUGGUCGAGGAAGAUAAGGAGUUUAUGGAGAAGAAAGAGAAGAUGCACGACCUCGAGCAACAACUCAGUUUAGCCUCCCAGCAGGCCGAAUCACUUGUCAAAGCCCAACAAGAUAUGGGAGAAACAUUAGGAGAACUGGGGUUGGCUUUUAUUAAGCUGACUAAAUUUGAGACCGAGGAGGCUGUUUCUAAUGCUCAAAGAGUCCGGGCUGCUGACAUGAAAGGUCUCGCAACUGCUGCUGUUAAAGCAAGCAGAUUCUAUCGUGAGUUGAAUGCUCAGACUGUCAAACAUUUGGAUACACUUCACGAAUAUCUUGGGCUAAUGUUAGCUGUCAACAGUGCAUUUUCAGACCGCUCGAGUGCUUUACUUACUGUGCAGACUCUUUUAUCAGAACUAGAAUCAUUGCAGUCAAGGACUGAAAAACUUGAAGUAGCAUCAUCUAAAAUAUUUGGUGGUGACAGAUCAAGGAUUCGUAAGCUAGAGGAGCUAAAAGAAACCACAAAGGUCACAGAGGAUGCUAAACAUGUUGCAAUCAGAGAAUAUGAGCGAAUCAAGGAAAACAAUAGGUGUGAACUUGAAAGGUUUGACAGAGAGAGGGAUUCUGACUUCUUGAACAUGUUGAAGGGGUUUGUCCUCAAUCAGGUCGGAUAUGCGGAAAAAAUAGCAAAUGUAUGGGCAAAGGUGGCGGAGGACACCAGUGGAUAUGCAACAAGAGAGAGCAGUUGAAUCCAAAUGUAAAUUCAAAAGUUUUAUUUUUAUUAUUAUUUUUUUUUCUUUACUUCCAAGUUCAAAUUUUUAUUGACAUCCCACCCAAUUGAGAUAGCAUUACAUGGAAACAAUAAACGACAAAAUGGGUGCACUUGGUGGUUCUUUGGCUUUCUCAGGUUGUAACAGAAAGAUUUCCGGACAUGUAUUUGAUCUUUGUAAAUUACGGUGCUACCUACUUCCCUUGUUUGACAUUUGAUCUUUUUGACAUUGAGUAGCUGACUUUUACUUUGUGA